ACGAAUUUCGGAAGGCAAUAUCUAUUUCAGAACAAAUGAUGCAUAAAAUUGUUAUCUGUUGGAUUUUUAUUGCAGAUUUCUUCGCAUGUUCUUAUUCAUAUGUGAAAAUGAUGUAUAUUAACACGGAUAAUGGAUAUUGUGAAUAUCUCAAUGGACUGUUGAUUCCUGUUAAUGACUACGCAUUUGAUGUUGAAAAAUGUGAAAUAGUUAAUUGUGAGCCAGGGAAAAUUCGAAUAACUGGAUGUGCUCCAGUGUUUUUCAGACCAAAACAUCCCAGUAUAAGUUGUACACUUGUUCGAGGAAAAGGCAUCUUUGAGUGCUGUCCCACAUUUCCUAAAUGCAAAGUUAUUGGGCCAUUACCAGAAAAUUACUCUUUCCCGAAGCAUUGGAUCAUGGAAGACUAUGGCAACUUCACACAGGUUCCUUCAAACGAGGACACAUCGGAAAAAAACGAACACAAAGAAGACUUAGCUGAAAAAAAUGAUUAUGAAGAAGAUUCAGCUGAAGAAGACACAUUCAAAAAUGAUUACGAAGGAGAUUCAGCUGAAGAAGACACAUUCGAAUACGAUGGCGAAGAAGAUUCAGUUGAAGAGGACAAAAAAUUCGAAAACGAUGACGAAGAAGAUUCAGAAGAAGAGGACGAAAAAUUCGAAAACGAUUACGAAGAAGUUUCAGGUGAACCUGACAAAUUUGAAAAAUCUGCACCUGAAAAAUAUAGAGCUGAAAAAUACGAUUUCGCAGAAUACACAACUGAAGAAGUUACAACACAGGACGACGCUACUGAAAAAACACAGGAUCCACUUUUGAGCGAAAUUAAUCGAUAUGCAAGGAACUAUCCGAUCUCGUAAAAACUAUAUUUGCGACAUAUACAACCUCAAACAUUGUAAAUUAAUUGCUUUGUACAUAUAGAUAGAGGCGGAAUAUUAUUUAACGUUCCGCCUCUGUAGAACAGUUCGUACAAAUAUUGUUUAUAAUCUAUUUAAAUGAGGAGGGGAAGAACAAAUACAGAUUCCAUCUAAUAUAAUAGUUGUAGGUUGUAGUUAAGAGGAAUUUCCCCAUAGCAGUCUUUCACAUUUAAACUAAGAGAAGACUUUAAAAUUGCGGCUGAUGAAAAUAAAAAGGAAAACUAGCUUGGCUCACUUCUUUAAUAUCGAACAGAGUGGAAGAGAGAACACAGAAAUGGUGGAAAAAUUACAAUCAAGUGAUAUCAUUACUACAAAGAAAAAAAAACGUUUAGCAAAUGGGCGUAGGGAAAUUACAAUAAAGCUAUGUAAUUUA